AUAUCUUCUUCAUCAUAAAGCUAGAAAUAUAUGGUACUCCACUUGAUGCUCGUGCUUAUUGCUUCUUCUAAAACUCUGUAUUUUCUCUCACACAUUCCAUAGACAAACCCUAAUCUCAAUAAUAAUUGCGUAUUUCCAGCGCGAAAUUGGCGAUCGAUCCAUUUCAUAUCUCUCUACUUAUUUCCAAUCAGGAAUUAUGUCUUCUGUGUGCCCUCAGCAACCACGUGGUGGAAAAUUUCGCAGAGAUCAUCGAUCAUCUUGUGGUGGAAAUAGCAAUACGACCGUGAGGACUACUGGAACAUCGAUGAAUUACUACGGGGUCUAUGGCACACAUGACUAUAACAACUACCAUGGCUCUAGUCAAACAUUUAGGUUGGAUGGACUCGUGUAUAACUGUCAUGAGCCUGUUUAUGAACCAUCUUCCAAAAGGAGAAGGACUUCAACUUUCUCUUAUGAAAGCACUGGGAUUAUUUAUCAGCAGCAAGAGACAUCCCAAAAUGAUCUUGUAUAUCGUGCUGACCCAUGCAAACCUUCCAAAUACUACAAUGCUUGUGCCGAUGCCCAAUUAGUCUGCAAAACUUCUGCUGUUGAUGCUGAAACCAGGUCUGGUGGUGCCAAUGUGAAUGCUUUGUCUACAUUGAAGCGUGACCGGUUAAAGUUUGAGGAGGAGGAGGAAGUGGUUUUCAUGUCGAGGGAUGACAUAGAGAAGUCCUCACCUUCGAGAAAAGAUGGCAUUGAUCAGCUGCAUGAAACAUAUCUGCGAUAUUCAUAUUGUUCCUUCCUUCAAAAUGUUGGGGCUAGGCUUCAUCUACCGCAAACAACCAUUGGGACUGCCAUGGUUCUCUGCCAUCGUUUCUUUGUUCGCCGCUCUCAUGCCUCUCAUGAUAGAUUCCUGAUAGCUACUGCAGUACUUUUCCUGACUUCCAAGUCUGAGGAGACACCAUGCGCGCUGAAUGAUGUACUAAAAGCAUCGUGCGUAAUUCUCCACAAGCAGGACUUCUCAAUUCUCUCAUAUAUGUUGCCCAUUGAUUGGUUUGAAAAAUAUCGUGAACGGAUGAUUGAUGCUGAGCAAUUGGUCUUAACAACAUUAAAUUUCGAGCUAAGUGUGCAGCAUCCAUAUGAAUCUCUGAUAUCUACGCUCCAGAAACUAGGCUUUGCACAGUCUGUCUUGGUGAAUAUGGCCCUGAACUUUGUCAGUGAAGGGGUUUAUAGAAGAUUAGCAUGCACCCAUUAUGAUGUUAAUAGCUGGAGACUUAGAAGUUCACUAUGGCUUCAGUUCAAACCACACCAGAUAGCUGCUGGUGCUGCCUACCUUGCUGCCAAAUUCCUAAAUAUGAAUCUUGCUUCAUGUGAUAGCAUCUGGAGUGAGUUCCACACACCACCAUCUGUACUUAAAGAUGUUGCCCAUCAGCUGAUGGAAUUAUUUUAGAAGAUCUGAGAUGAACUGCAGAUUCAGCUUACAUUUCAAUCUAGUUCAUUACGAUUUUAUAGAUGUUUUUCACAUAGUCAAUGACAAAAUCUUCUUAAUGCAAAGUAGAUCAAGAAAACCACACUAAUUGUAAGUAUAUUCUGCACAGCUCCCCUUUUAUCCAUUGUAUGGCCAUACAUCGACUCCAAUAUUAUGUUAAGUUUUUCUGCA